AUGAGAAUAGCAGCAUUACAACAAAAUAAACAAAAGAAACUUCUACAACAACAACAACAACAACAACAACAACAACAAAUGAUGGGUGUAGACGAACAACAAAUGCAAGAUGAUGAUAAUGUUGAAAUCAAGAGAAUACACCAUAAUCAUCAAAUAGACUCAUCAUUCUAUAAUGGGUAUGAUGAUGUAGUUUGUAAUGAUCAGUAUUAUAGUCAUGAAAGAAAACAACCUUGUUAUAUGACUGUUGUUGACCCUACUACUAGUAGUGAAGCUACUGAACACCAACUAUUAGAGUUAUUAGGUUGGUUUAUGCCACCACCCGAUAAAUAUUCAUUAUACUUUAACCAAUUUCAAAUUCAACAAUUGAAUUAUAUUAAAGAUACACCUUCAUCAUCAGCAUCAUCAUCAAAAUCAACUUCAACUACCUCGACUCAACAAAAUAUAAAAUGUAAUCAUACACAAUGUAUGAAUCUACCUGCAUUUACAUCGAUGACCGCUUAUGAGAAUCAUUACUAUAGUGUUCAUUGUUACGAAUGUUCAGUGUGUUCUAAAUCACUACCCUCUUAUAAAUGGUUGGAAUGUCAUUUGUUGGAAGUUCACGAUAAAAUGUUUGCUCAACUUGCUCUUAAACAUCAAUUGUUUGACUGUAUUGUAAAUGAUUGUAAACAAAAGUUUUGGACAGACAGAGUACGAAAAGAACAUUUAGUAUCAUAUCACCGAUUUCCAGAAGCAUUUGAAUUCCAUACUCAACCAAUCCUCGAUCAAAUGAUUACUCUUCACCAAAAUAUAGUUCAAUAUCAACAACAAUUACAACAUCAACAACAACAACUACAACAACAACAACAAUCAAGACCAAAUUAA